GCCCCCGUGGGCCCGGGCGGGAGGAGAGUCGGCGGCCCUAGCCGUCACCCCGGGCGGGGACCGAGCGCUGGUGACGACGCGCGGAGGUCCUGCACAGGGAGGGAGCGAGCGGGCGCAAGAGAGCUUGCGGGGCCGGAGAAGCCGCUGCCUCUAGUGGGGCAGAACGAGGAAAACAUUUUAAUUUUCUAAGCAAGAAGCUCUUAUGCAAAAUACCAUGUCUGUGACCCAAAGUAAAAAUGGAUGGUAAUUCAUGUGAGUGUGCGCAAUACAGCAACCUGAACCUGCAUUUGACUCGUGCUCAGUAGGUCUUUGUUUAACAGGUUGUGAACCAUGGCAACGUGGAUACAGGCUCAGCAGCUCCAGGGCGACGCCCUUCAUCAGAUGCAGGCCUUGUACGGCCAGCAUUUCCCCAUCGAGGUGCGCCAUUAUUUAUCCCAGUGGAUCGAAAGCCAAGCCUGGGACUCAAUAGAUCUUGAUAAUCCACAGGAGAACAUUAAGGCCACCCAGCUCCUGGAGGGCCUGGUGCAGGAGCUGCAGAAGAAGGCGGAGCACCAGGUGGGGGAAGAUGGGUUUUUGCUGAAGAUCAAGCUGGGGCACUAUGCCACGCAGCUCCAGAGCACCUAUGACCGCUGCCCCAUGGAGCUGGUUCGCUGUAUCCGGCACAUUCUGUACAAUGAACAGAGGCUGGUCCGAGAAGCCAACAACGGGAGCUCUCCAGCUGGUGUCCUUGCUGACGCCAUGUCCCAGAAGCACCUUCAGAUCAACCAGACGUUUGAGGAGCUGCGGCUGAUCACUCAGGACACAGAGAACGAGCUGAAGAAGCUGCAACAGACCCAAGAGUACUUCAUCAUCCAGUACCAGGAGAGCCUGCGCAUCCAAGCUCAGUUUGCCCAGCUGGCUCAGCUGAACCCCCAGGAGCGCAUGAGCCGGGAGACAGCCCUCCAGCAGAAGCAAGUGUCCCUGGAGACCUGGCUGCAGCGAGAGGCACAGACUCUUCAGCAGUACCGAGUGGAGCUGGCUGAAAAACACCAGAAGACCCUGCAGCUGCUGCGCAAGCAACAGACCAUCAUUCUGGACGACGAGCUGAUCCAGUGGAAGCGGCGGCAGCAGCUGGCCGGGAACGGGGGUCCCCCCGAGGGCAGCCUGGAUGUGCUGCAGUCCUGGUGUGAGAAGCUGGCCGAGAUCAUCUGGCAGAACCGGCAGCAGAUCCGCAGGGCCGAGCACCUCUGCCAGCAGCUGCCCAUCCCAGGCCCCGUGGAGGAGAUGCUGGCCGAAGUCAACGCCACCAUCACAGACAUCAUCUCAGCCCUGGUCACCAGCACGUUCAUCAUCGAGAAGCAGCCUCCUCAGGUCCUGAAGACCCAGACCAAGUUCGCGGCCACCGUGCGCCUGCUGGUGGGGGGGAAGCUGAACGUGCACAUGAACCCCCCCCAGGUGAAGGCGACCAUCAUCAGUGAGCAGCAGGCCAAGUCCCUGCUCAAGAAUGAGAACACGCGCAACGAUUACAGCGGCGAGAUCCUGAACAACUGCUGCGUGAUGGAGUAUCACCAGGCCACGGGCACCCUCAGCGCCCACUUCAGAAACAUGUCCCUGAAACGAAUCAAGAGGUCUGACCGCCGUGGCGCAGAGUCGGUGACGGAAGAAAAGUUCACGAUCCUGUUUGACUCACAGUUCAGUGUUGGUGGAAAUGAGCUGGUCUUUCAAGUCAAGACCUUGUCGCUCCCAGUGGUGGUGAUUGUUCACGGUAGCCAGGACAACAACGCGACAGCCACUGUCCUCUGGGACAACGCCUUUGCAGAACCUGGCAGGGUGCCCUUUGCCGUGCCUGACAAGGUGCUGUGGCCGCAGCUGUGUGAAGCGCUCAACAUGAAAUUCAAGGCCGAAGUGCAGAGCAACCGGGGCCUGACCAAGGAGAACCUUGUGUUCCUGGCACAGAAACUGUUCAACAGCAGCAGCAACCACCUCGAGGACUACAACAGCAUGUCCGUGUCCUGGUCGCAGUUCAACCGGGAGAAUCUGCCAGGGCGGAACUACACCUUCUGGCAGUGGUUUGACGGCGUGAUGGAGGUGCUGAAGAAACAUCUCAAGCCUCAUUGGAACGAUGGGGCCAUCUUGGGUUUUGUGAACAAGCAACAGGCCCAUGACCUACUCAUUAACAAGCCAGACGGGACCUUCCUGCUGAGAUUCAGCGAUUCCGAAAUCGGAGGCAUCACCAUUGCUUGGAAGUUUGACUCUCAGGAGAGAAUGUUUUGGAAUCUGAUGCCUUUUACCACUAGAGACUUCUCUAUCCGGUCCCUGGCUGACCGCCUGGGGGACUUGAAUUACCUCAUAUAUGUGUUUCCUGAUCGGCCAAAGGACGAAGUAUAUUCUAAGUACUACACGCCAGUUCCAUGCGAGCCGGCCACCGCGAAAGCAGCGGAUGGAUACGUGAAGCCGCAGAUCAAGCAAGUGGUCCCCGAGUUUGCCAAUGCAUCUACAGAUGCAGGGAGUGGUGCAACCUACAUGGACCAGGCUCCCUCCCCAGCAGUGUGCCCUCAGGCUCACUAUAAUAUGUACCCACAGAACCCUGACUCCGUCCUUGAUACUGAUGGGGACUUUGAUCUGGAAGACACGAUGGACGUGGCCCGGCGUGUGGAAGAGCUCUUAGGCCGGCCCAUGGACAGCCAGUGGAUCCCUCACGCACAGUCGUGACCAGACCUCGCCACCUGCAGCUUCGUCAUCCUCGUGGAGGAACUUCUUGUGGAUGUUUUAACUCCAUGAAUCGCUUCUCUUUGGAAACAAUAUUCAUAAUGUGAAGUGUUAAUACUAGUUGUGGCUUUAGUGUUUCCGUGCAUAGUGGCACAGGGAGUGUGUGUGAGUGUGAGUGUGUGAGUUUGCACGUUGUGUUUUCUCCACCCCUUGCUGUCCAGUCUUAAGCCGCAGGCCAGGCCAGGGCCGGGCUUGUUUUUACCUUGUGCAAAAAAAAAAAAAAAAAAAAGGCAGUCGGUUCCUGGAACCCUGGAACCUGGCCAUGUGU